AUGCUGACCGAGCCUCGGCUCUCCAGGCGUCAGUUCAUGAAACGUCCACGGAGGAUCAUGACGGCCAUCAUCGAAAAACUAAGAAGAAAACGAAAGCUAUCAUCUGAGCUUCAUGCUCGAUGGGGCGAUGUGUCCAUCACCUAUCCCACCCAAGGCUCCUGGAGUCAGUGGGAUCAACCCUCUGGGGGCGUGUCUAAUAUGAUACCCGGAAGGCCAUCGGAGCAUGGCAGACGGCAUGGCUCGGUGGAUGCUCUCGAUCGAUCAGGCAGUUCAUCACGUAUGCCCACUCCGUUAUAUCUAGGGGACCGUAAAGCCUCCGUUGACUCAACUAUGACCAUCCCCACUGGCCAUUAUGACUCCAAAGUCCGCGGUCGAUCCAAGAGCAGGCCCAGGACGUGGGACGCGGAUUCCAACGACGGUUCCAGAGAGGAGGAUGAGGGGAAUGACGCUCCAUCUGCCCUGGCUGGACCUCGAGAUCGAUAUCCCAAGGGUCCAUCUCGUGCAGGAGCCCGAGACGAAGCAGAUCCCUAUGGAAAGGCAUCUAAAUCGCCUCCGUUGUCGGUGACCUCUCGCAUGCGUCGAUGUAGUCUACAGAGCACAACCACGGAGCCCACGACAGCGAGUUCGCACCAUACUAGUUUCACCUCGUUACCAUCGGAGGAUCCUCGACUCAUGUAUCAUCACCAUAAUCACCAUCCUCCUACGCACUACGAGAAGAAAUCAACUCGACGGCGAGAGCCCGAACCUGUCCAGGAACUAGUGCCAUCGUACGACGAGCUCUAUGGGUAA